CAGCUCUGUGCUCCAGCUCUAGCAGAAACUCCUCCGCGUUCCUCAAACGCUAAUCAUUAACUCAGCGAGAGCAGGAAUCUCCAGACGAGUCCGAGCGAAACACCAGGAGAGACGAGACGAGGAGGACGGAGCUGAUCUCCAGCAUGAGGGACGGGCGGACGCUUCUGUUCCAGACCUCGGCUGAGAUUCCAAAGUCGCUGUGAGAGUCUGAUGAUUAGCGCUGGGGAUAGCGGAGAGAUAAGCGCAGGACAGUCCGCUAGUGAGUGCAGAUAAACAUGGACCCACAGCAGCCGGAGCGGGACUGGCAGCAGCUGGAGCCGAGCUAUGGGCUGAAGGUGUUCCUAACAGUGCUGUACUGCCUGAUCCUCAGCAUGGGUGUCCUGGGCAACAGCGCCACCAUCCACGUGGCGCAGGUACUGCAGCGGAACGGGUACCUGCAGAGGAGCGUGGCGGAGCACAUGGUGAGCCUGGCCUGCUCCGACCUGCUGGUGCUGCUGAUCGGGCUACCGGUGGAGCUCUACAGUGCCAUCUGGUUCCCAUUCUUGUCCCGAUCGGGCGACGCUGCCUGCCGCAUCUACAACUUCCUGUUUGAGCUGUGCAGCUACGCCACCAUCCUGAACGUGGCCACGCUGAGCCUGGAGCGCUACCUGGCCAUCUGCCACCCGUUCCGCUAUCGAGCGCUACGUGGCGGCCGGACACGGAGGCUCCUGCUGGCAGCCUGGCUCUGCUCUGCCCUGGUGGCGCUGCCACUGUUGGUGGCCACCGGGACUGAAGGAUACGUGCCCGCAGGCCGCCACACACCUGUGCAGAACCUUACCUUCUGCACCAGCCUGAGCCAGCACUGGGUGAUGUACCGCACCAGCAUCUUCACCGCUUUUGUCUUAUACCUGCUGGUGCUGGCUGGCGUGGCCUUCAUGUGCCGGGCCAUGAUCCUGGUCCUGCGGGCACCCAUGGGCCCUGCUGAAGCCAGCGCUAGCGGAGAUCACAAACACCAGAGCGCUCGCAGCAAAGCCUCCCGCAAACAGACCAUCCUGUUCUUAGUGCUGAUCGUCUGCGCUCUGUUCGUCUGCUGGAUGCCAAAUCAGAUCCGCAGACUGAUGACGGCCGCGGUGCCCAAGUCCUCGUGGACCGCCAGCUACCUGACCGGCUACAUCAGGCUUCACCCGGUGGCCGACAGCUUCUUCUACCUUAGCUCGGUGCUGAACCCGAUGCUGUAUAACCUGUCCUCCCGCCAGUUCCGCUCCGCCUUCCUGCAGACGCUGCUGUGCCGCCUGUCCCUCCAGCACGCAAACAGGAGAACGCUAGAAAACAGUGGUGCCUCCAAGAGCUCCAGUAACACCUUACGGCCCCUACUGCAGCGCUCUCUCAACCGUAUACAGAUGGCCACCAGUGGCAGAGCUACACCACCAUCAUCUGCAGAGAGAAGAGACUCUCUGAACACCACAGACCGGCCCCAGGGUGAAGGAGAGCUGACCUCUGACCCUCAGAACACCACAGACUGGCCACAGGGUGGAGACGAGCUGACCUCUGAGAAGGAGAAGGAGAGAAACCAGCUGACACACUGCCUAACACUGACUGAUGAACAAAUCAGCUGAAGACCACAGGAGAAAACAACAGGACAUGCUGAGGACCAACAUAGACCACGGUUGCAGAACAUGCAGAACACUGUAGACCACUGGGGAACACUGCAGACCCCUGGAGUCCAUUGGGGACCACUGCAGACCACCUGGGAACACUGUAGACCACUGGGGAACAUUGUAGACAAACACUGCAGACUACUGGGUAAGACUGUAGACAAACACUGUAGACCACUGGGGAACACUGUAGACAAACACUGCAGACUACUGGAGAACACUGUAGACAAACACUGUAGACCACUGGGGAACAUUGUAGACCACUGAGGAACACUGUAAACAAACACUGCAGACUACUGGGGAACACUGUAGACCACCAGGAAACACUGUAGAACACUGGGAAACAUUGUAGACAAACACUGUAGACCACUGGGGACUAUUGUAGACCACUGGGGAACACUGUAGACCACUGGGGAACACUGUAGACAAACACUGCAGACCACUGGGGAACACUGUAGACCACAGGGGAACACUGUAGACCACUGGGGAACAUUGUAGACAAACACUGCAGACCACUGGGGAACACUGUAGACCACAGGGGAACACUGUAGACAAACACUGCAGACUACUGGGUAAGACUGUAGACAAACACUGUAGACCACUGGGGAACACUGUAGACAAACACUGCAGACUACUGGAGAACACUGUAGACAAACACUGUAGACCACUGGGGAACAUUGUAGACCACUGAGGAACACUGUAAACAAACACUGCAGACUACUGGGGAACACUGUAGACCACCAGGAAACACUGUAGAACACUGGGAAACAUUGUAGACAAACACUGUAGACCACUGGGGACUAUUGUAGACCACUGGGGAACACUGUAGACCACUGGGGAACACUGUAGACAAACACUGCAGACCACUGGGGAACACUGUAGACCACAGGGGAACACUGUAGACAAACACUGCAGACUACUGGGUAAGACUGUAGACAAACACUGUAGACCACUGGGGAACAGGGUAGACCACUGGGGAACACUGUAGACAAACACUGUAGACCACUGGGGAACAUUGUAGACCACUGAGGAACACUGUAAACAAACACUGCAGACUACUGGGGAACACUGUAGACCACCAGGAAACACUGUAGAACACUGGGAAACAUUGUAGACAAACACUGUAGACCACUGGGGACUAUUGUAGACCACUGGGGAACACUGUAGACCACUGGGGACCAUUGUAGACCACUGUGGACCACCGGGGAACCCUGUAGACCACUGGGGACCAUUGUAGACCACUGCAGACCACUGGGGAACACUGUAGACAAACACUGUAGGCCACUGGGGACCAUUGUAGACCACUGAGGAACACUGUAGACCAUUGGGGAACACUGUAGACCACUGGGGACCAUUGUAGACCACUGGGAAACACUGUAGACAAACACUGUAGGCCACUGGGGACCACUGCAGACCACCGAGGAACACUGUUUAAGAUUAAGUUUCUGUUUACCAGUAGAGUGACCGCUGCUGGCCAGCUAAACCAACCAAACACCCCAGAAUAAGCUAAUGAAGUAGUGGAGUACCAGAGCUGUGUGUGUGUAUGUGUGUGUGCUCAGAGUUAUGAGGACGCCCUCUACUGGUCAAUCGAGGACUUUAUAAUCAUGAGGGAUUCUGCAGGUGUGUGUUCUCCAGGUGUGUGUGUGUGUGUGUGUGUGUGUGUGUGUGUGUGUGCAGUGGUCAGGACAUGUUUUCUGCACAUCUCGAGUGUUUAAAGUAAAUGGACGUCACUAUUGGUCAAUUCAAUAAAGUAUUUUUCAGAAUAAACAAAGACUACAGGUG